GCUAUCUCCAAGACCCAGUGUGGCUGGUUACCGAGUUCUAUCAACAUGGUUAAAACUGCAUUAGUGAAAAUGAAUAACUUUCUGCGAAAGUAAUUCUGAUAUCCGUUCCGGCUGGACAAGUGAUAAAUAAGAGGAAAGUGAUGGCAGAGCUUGAGGAAAUAAUGGUGCGACCUGGGGGCCUAGGUAAAGCCGAAAUUGCAAAUUUGUGUGACCCACAGAUAGAGACAACAAAGGAAGGGAUGGUAAAGAUACCGAACAGCACCAUAACACUCGACAGAACAUCAGAUUGGAGAAAAUCUCUAGGAUUCGUCUUGGUCUUCUUGUAUUUAGAGACUAACAAACAAGUCAGCAACUUUGCCCUUUCGCGAAGUAACAACGGAAUCUACCCUGUUCCAUCAUCGUUACUAGUCGUGCUAGUGGAGAUUUUCAAGCUGUUCCUCAUCUACAUUUGGGGUAAGGUCUCUGGUACGCAGAUGGAAGCGUGGAAUCCGUCAGUAAGAUUUAGUUUGCCUGCGGUGUGCUAUUUCCUCACUAACCUGAUGUAUCUUGGUGCCCUUACCAUCGUCUCUCCUCCAAUUUGGAUGGUGCUAAUUCAGACACGAACUUUGUACACAGCUGCUGCUUAUAAGAUCGUCUUUGGUCGUGAAGUGACGUCAGUGCAAGCCUUGGGGUGCUUUCUCGUCGUGUGCAGCGUAGGAGUGGCCAGAUAUUCCGCAUUUAGAGAUGGUCAAACAUCAGUAUCUGUUGCCGUUCUCUUCGUAUCUCAACUAGCUGCUAUUCUUUCGACCGUAGCUUCGAUAUGCGUGGAGUUACUUCUCAAAAAUGACGGACGGAGUUUUUGUGAGCAGCAAUUUUGGCUGUAUGUCUGGGGGACGUUCUUGGGGUCGCUCUUUAUGAUCCUGAAAGAAAACAUCCCACAACUCAUCGUGGAUAUACAGGAGGUCGUGGGUCACUGGCAUCAACUGUCACUGCUGUGUCUGUCCAUCACAACAACAUCUUUCGCCGGGCUCUGCAUCCCUGUCGUCGUGAGGAAUCUUGAUACCAUUGUAAAGGAUUACCUGGGAGCCGCCAACAAUUUGCUGCUGUCAGUUGUGAUUGCCGCUGUAUUCCCGACAGAGUUCACCAUCAGUUGGAUGUAUGUCUUCUCCCUAAUUAUACUUAUGACAGGCAUUUGGCUCUACGAGAAAAAGGCGCACUGAAGGAAAUAUCAUGUUCUUUUAAUUUCUGUCUACUCCUUUCCACAGUCUUACUUGAUACUUUCAGUGGAGGGAGAAACUGCGCAGUUGAUGUUUCUGGUAUAAAAAAAAAAAAAAAAAAAAAAAAAAAAUUGUUCGAUCAAGUCGAUCAAUAUUUGUUGAUGUUUAGUCACAAUGACCAUAAGCAUGUGGAAAAUGUCCAAGAUAAGGAGAAAUUGAGCCUGCCGUGCCUAUCAUAUCCGUUUCCAGUUGGGAUUUGACAGUUUCCUUCACCAGACCCUUAUGAACCGUUCUCAGUGACUUGACCUCGUACGGAAAUCUAUUUAUACUAGAAUAUUAAAUCGAGAAAGAAGAGAUUUCUGGGUUCUAUUUCUGCCACAGCAUGACAUUAUUAUGGGGAAAACCUAUUCGUUGUUGUUAAUAUCUCCACCCCACCCCCUUAACUAUUUUUGACAACACCCUGAAAAAGUCAGAGGUCUGGAAAAACUAAGCCUUAUUAAUAAUAAUAACCCUGAAAAAGGGUUAGAUUGGUAACUGCAUAAAGUCAACUCGCACAAUGAUUGUGGUGGUUUGUAUGCUGCAUGUACAAAUUUCCCGCUUUUUUUUCCCCUCUCAACUGUAUUCUUUAUUAUAUUAUAUGUCAAUAUAUAUCACUGAAGCAAGGGAUGCUGCUAUUAACGUCCAAGGAUAUCAGUAUUGUGAUCAAUUUUGUUUUCGUUCAAGUCACAUUAGUAAAUAUUAUCGAUGAAACAGCACCAUUUUACAUUAUAUGCGUAAAAAUGUCAAAUCUCUCUCAAUAUUGCACCCUGUACGUGAAUGGUUUGUGCAUCAAAUAGAAAGGAAUUUUCACUUUUGAUAUCAACAGUACGGUUGUUCUGUACUAGAUGCUAAGUUGCUGAGCAAAGUCAAUUAUCGAAAAAAAAUUAGCCUUAUGCAGUUUAACUAAGACCACCGAGAGGUGAUCUUGGUUUAACGGUCUAUGAACUCGAGGAUAAAGUAGUGUGCGUUUAUCCAUACUUGUCAUCGAGUCAAACGUUUCUCACCAAUGUGAGACUUCCAUAAGGUAAGUAGGCCUGUGAGAUUAUAGAAGAUUUUCGUUAAUUUUAGUGCGUUUUUAACAACUGGUUUUGAGGAUAUAUUUCUCUCUUUGGAAUUUUGACAACAAAUAGUAGAUGUUAUGUGUUAGUUAUCAUACUGAAUUUUUGAGAUUCAAACUUAUUUCUUCACAUACUUUUCUUUCUAACAAGCGAAAGUGUAAUUUUCAAAAUGUUUAGUAUGAUUUCCUUAAAAAUAAGUUUUCCUCGCAUUGUUCAUAUAGUUGAUACUAUCUGCAAGAUUGAUAAUGAUAUUUUGAUAAGAAAGGCUAGCCGUAAUACCUUUUGAUGAAAUGAACAUCGCAAUGUACUGAAAUUAUGAUAAAAGAACAUACAGAUUAAAUAAACCUUGUUGAAAAGUUCAGGUUGUCAUGCUGAAUGGUCUGACCACUAAAUGGAGACAACUCACUUUCAUGAUUUUGACAAAGCAUGUGUUCAUGAGAUGGUGAUAGGAAUGACUGUAGAAGUGGAGAGCAGGCUACCGUGUAAUUACAUAUGUUCUUGAUAUUAAGCCAAAUAACAUAAAUUAUGGAAGGCUUUUGGGACAGACCCAAUGAAAUUAACGCAAGUUGCAAUAGAAAAAAAAAUCCAUGUCAUGAUAGGGAAAUACUCGCAUUUGCCGAUGUCCCACCUAAGAUAAAACUGACAAGAAAUCAUUUUAUAACUAAUUCUGAUUCUUGUAUGAGGGAAAUGUUAAGUAAGACAAGCACAGAAUAUGGCCCAGAUCACAAGCUUGUUGGAAUUCAUAUAAACUUGAAAAAGCUGAACUAAUGCGUUUAAAAUAUGUUAGGUCUAAAGAAUAUUUUUGUGAGAAGAGGUUGUUGGGAAGCAGUAUCUGGAAGGUUACUGUCGAAUUUAUCUCUGUGAUAAACGACUGGUUUGAUCUCAUGAAUUCAUCAUGCAUUAUUGGAGAUGUAAAAUCAAGGAAUGCUUAUGGAACUGAUUUAGAUAACCAGAACACUCCUCUAUGUAAAAUUAUUAAUGUAAUGACAAAAAUUAUAGUAUGCAAUGGAAGAUCAAGCACAUUACAAUUUCCAAAAGGGCUUGAUCUUACCGUGUCACUCAUGAGUGGGUCUAUAUGAGAUGUUAAUAAAUAACUAUAAUGUAGAAUAUAUAUCAACAUGAAAAUCGAAUCAGGAACCACUCCAAAAUUAUUUUGGGCGUUGCAGACAGAUGAGUGGACACUACGGUUUCUCUCCCAUCCCGGGAUCCCGGCCAUUUUCCGAGGGUUAAACAAUCCCGGGAUUUUUCUCAUUGUCCCGGGAUUUUCCGGGACAAACAAUUGGAAAUUGAAAUUGAAUGGCGCGUGCGUGUGUGUGUGAGAGAGAGAUUAUCCCAUUGGGUCUCUCUCUCUCUCUCUCUCUCUCUCUCUCUCUC